AUGCCGCUUACACUGGAUGCGCGCACGAGCGCGACAACUUUCGCCAGCGCCGGCGCAAGCCAUCAAUUAUUGGGCAAUGCCAUCGGCGACCACAACAACAUCGCCGACAACAAUGCGGAUGCGGCCUUUUCCAACAAUUUGACCGCCACCAUCACAUCAAUACGCUCGAAUGUGACGCGCGUGCUCUACAUGUACUUCCAGAAUGUCACAGACGAGCAUGGCUAUGGGGCGGCUACAACGCCUACCACCACUACAACAACUAGCAACAGCAACAGCAGCAGCAUCAACAUCGCGACAACCACAGAAAGGCUUUCGAACCUCGACGCUAGUGCAACAGAUGCGUUAAUUGGCGCGGCUGUAGAUGCGACGGACCAACGCGCCGGCUCCACGCUGCUUGGCACCGCCAAAACAUUGCUGCAAGCGCCGCUUAACGCAUCCAGCACUACGACCGGCUUCCUAACGUCAGCGUCCGCUAAUGUUACGCGUGCGGCGUCAACGCUAGUCAAUGCCACUGCUUAUAUUUCGUCCUCUGCUGCCGCCUAUGCCACCGAAUUGCUCAAUUCGACGACGACAACAACAACGACAACGACAUCGGCGGCAAGUGGCAUAGCUAGCGCGAGUACGAGCGCAGUGAACGGCAGCAGUGUUUUAACCACCGCGCCCAGCAUCAUUUACCCGCCCUAUCAGGUCGCCAUACGCAGCUUUGAGAAUUGCUCGGCGCUCUUUGCCAAUUAUACGCGACCGCAAAAUG